AUCGAAGAGCUCAUCAUCCCAAGUUCUUUGUUCUGGUUCGAAUGGUGUGAUCGAUGAACAUCAUCCGAGGAUUUACUUGUCCCUUCAGAUGGACCAAGGCGCGGCGGAUACACUCCCGGAAAAAACCGUCGGAAGACGAGUUCUCCCUCGCCCUCCGCAACGGUCUCAUUCUCUGCAACGUCCUCAACAAAGUCAAUCCCGGUUCAGUUCUCAAGGUGGUGGAGAAUCCGAUUACGCCAGCUAUUCAGUACGCCGAGGGAGCGGCGCAAUCUGCAAUUCAAUAUUUUGAGAACAUGAGGAACUUUCUUAAAGCUGUAGAGGAUAUGCAGCUUUUAACAUUUGGAGCUUCUGAUCUCGAAAAGGGAGGAUCGUCGAACAAAGUAGUAGAUUGUAUUUUGUGUUUGAAAGGUUUUUAUGAGUGGAAACAAGCGGGUGGAGUGGGAGUAUGGAGGUAUGGAGGGACUGUGAGGAUAGUUUCUUUCAAUCCAAAAGGCAGCUCUCCGUCGCAGUAUGGGAUUGGUAGUGAAAGCACUACCGAUGAGUCUGUUUCUUUGGAUGAAUCUGAGUCUUCUCAGUAUGACCAGCUUUUGGAUUUUCUUCACCUUUCUAAUGAGAUUUCAACUGAGGAAUCUGAAACUGCAAUCUCCAUGGCCUUUCUUUUUGAUCAUUUUGCUCUUCAGCUUCUACAUGGUUAUAUCAAAGAGAGUGAUGGGAUCAACGAUAUGCCUUUAAAUGAAAUGGUGAUCGAUACAUUGCUCAACAGGGUAGUUAAGGAUUUCUCUGCAAUACUAGUUUCUCAAGGGAAUCAGUUGGGUUCGUUUCUAAAGAAGAUACUGAAAUGUGAUAACGGGGAUCUGUCAAGAUCAGAGUUUUUAGCAGCAGUCUUCAGAUACCUUCAGCACAGAAAAGAUUUGGUGUCAAAGGAGUUUUCAAAGUUUUGUAAAUGUGGCGGAAAGCUUGAAUUUAUUAGACCAAACGUCAGCGAGUUUUCUCCUGGUCAUGCAGAAGCUAUUGGUCUUCAACAGAAAGAGCUGGAGGAAGUAAAAUCAAAUUUUGUGGAAACAAGAAGUCAAGUUAAACAAAUGCAGUCAGAAUGGCAGAAAGAGCUUCAAAUGAUAGUCCAUCACGUUAAGGCCAUGGAAGUUACAUCUUCUUCUUACCACAAGGUUCUGGAGGAAAAUCGCUUACUUUACAAUGAGGUCCAAGAUCUUAAAGGCACCAUUAGAGUUUACUGCAGAGUCAGACCUUUCUUACAAGAAAAAGAUAUGCAAUCAACCGUUGAUUAUAUUGGAGAAAAUGGUAAUAUUAUAAUUAAUAAUCCUUUCAAGCAGGAAAAAGAUGCACGAAAAAUAUUUGCAUUCAACAAAGUAUUUGAACAGAAUGUCUCACAAGAGCAAAUCUACAUUGACACUCAGCCGGUAAUAAGGUCCGUCCUUGACGGAUUCAAUGUUUGUAUCUUCGCGUAUGGGCAAACCGGUUCAGGGAAAACGUAUACGAUGAGUGGGCCAGAUCUGAUGACUGAAUCAACUUGGGGCGUGAAUUACCGAGCUCUACGUGAUCUCUUCCAGCUUUCAAAUGCCAGAACACAUGUUCUUCUCACAUUAGACAUACGCAAUAAUUCUCAACUCAAUGGCCUUAAUGUACCCGACGCAAGCUUGAUUCCAGUUUCUAAUACUCGAGAUGUUCUUGAUUUGAUGAGGAUUGGCCAAAAGAAUCGUGCAGUGGGUGCCACUGCUUUGAAUGAGAGGAGCAGUCGUUCUCAUAGUGUGUUAACCGUUCACGUCCAAGGAAAAGAAUUGGCCUCAGGGUCCAUUUUAAGAGGCUGUCUUCAUCUAGUGGAUUUGGCUGGAAGUGAAAGAGUAGAAAAAUCCGAAGCUGUAGGCGAGAGACUCAAAGAAGCUCAACACAUAAACAAAUCGUUGUCUGCACUAGGAGAUGUCAUCUAUGCACUUGCACAAAAGAGUUCCCACGUUCCCUACAGAAAUAGCAAGCUUACACAAGUUCUACAGGACUCCUUAGGUGGCCAAGCCAAAACUUUAAUGUUUGUGCAUAUUAACCCUGAAGUUAACGCGGUAGGAGAGACUAUCAGCACCCUUAAGUUUGCCCAAAGGGUUGCAUCCAUUGAACUUGGGGCAGCUCGAUCAAACAAGGAAACCGGUGAAAUUCGAGAUCUUAAGGAUGAGAUAUCCAGCCUUAAAUCGGCAAUGGAGAAGAAGGAAGCAGAGCUGGAACAAUUGCGAUCAGGUAGCAUUCGGAACACAACUGAAUGUCAGAGAGCAAGAGCAGUUUCUCCUUUCCAUCUCCCAAGAACUGGUAACGUUGCUGGAACAAAGGCUGAGGCAAGUCCACAGCCAAAUGACAGUACCAGAAGCUACGAGACCAGAAGUUGCUCAACUGGCAAGCAGAGAAAGUCUGGGUUUCCGUCUGCACUGAGAAACAGAGAAGCAAGCCCGAGGAUGCCGAAUCUAGCAGAAGAGAGGUUAAAUCCGAGUCCAAGUAGAAGAUCACUAUCCACAGAUAGAGCAUCUGCCAUCAAAAGUAGGAAUAAGCCCGACAUUACUCAAAACCUUCCGGUUUCAAGAACACCUUUUCCAGCUAGAGUACCAGUAGCCAAAUCCUUUUCAACUGUUCCAUUGAACCCAUCAGCAGAAAACAACCCCAGGCAUCAAACAGAUAACACUUCAGAGACAUUUCACAAUCAUCAGAAGUUAAGCGCUCGAAAGCUCUUCCCUGAGAUCGAGGAGGAACACAUUAGGCAUGCACUUCACAUACGUCAAGGUGGUGUUAAGAAGACCCGAGCCGAGAGCAGUAAAGCCAAGGCAAAGCAACCAUCACCAGCUAGGUUUCAGAAACUUGAUGUUGGGAUCAGUUUGCGUUCUGAGGCAGAUUCUGAAGCAAAGGUAGGAAAUUAUCAGAUCCAAAAGGGGAACAACAACCACAAUGUGAUACACUCAAGAUUCCAAAACUUCGACGUUGGUAUCAGCUUGUUCUCUGACCUUUGUCCCGGUGACAAAUCAGAUUCAACACUCAAGAGUGAUUCCUCAGAGACAGACAACGAACCACCCUCGAAACCUAAGAAUGCCCAAAGAAACUUGUCCAAAAACUCCCUCAACCACAAACUAAGGACGAUUUAUGCUCAUGAGGACACUUCAAUCGUGGACGACAAGCCUUCAAAUGGUACAGCCCAUAUCAAAGAAGGUAAUAAUAAUACAUCUAUGCCUGAGUUCAGAAGAAGUCGUUCAACGCAUCAUGCAAGGUUCAUGGUACCAUAGAAACAUAUCCAAGACUACAAAAUAUUUAUCUCACAAAUCCAUCACACAUCAUAUCCUUUGUACAUUUUGAAGUUGGGUUUUCUGGACUUUUUCAUGUCCUUAUACUACAUAGUUGUGACUGAGAUUGAACUGUUUAUCAUAAGAACGAGUGUCCCACGUCGCAAAAGAUAAAUUUAUUCUUCUUGA